GUACGGAAGCAAAGCAUUGCCCGAAGGAAUAAUUGUCAAACAAUCUAACUUGGAAAUGCAAUCGUUGUGGAACCUUAAGGAAAAUAAGAGACAUUCCAAGCCUCCAUUGAACUUGUUGGCUAUGGCAGUAGGAAUUAAGCAGAAAGAAAUUGUCAAUAAAAUAAUAGAGAAGUUCCUUUUGGGUGAGUUUGUUGUAAUGCUGUUUCACUACGAUGGUAUUGUGGAUGGAUGGAGGGAUUUUUCUUGGAGUGAUAAUGUCAUCCAUGUUUCUGCGAUUAAUCAGACAAAAUGGUGGUUUGCAAAAAGAUUCUUGCAUCCGGAUAUAGUUGCUGAUUACAAUUAUAUAUUUCUCUGGGAUGAAGACCUUGGCGUUGAAAAUUUUGACCCAGAAAGGUACUUAUCUAUUGUUGAAGAAGAGGGACUUGAGAUCUCGCAACCUGCGCUUGAUCGCCAGCAAUCCACUUUGAACCAUCAACUCACUGCUCGUAGAACCGGCUCAAGAGUCCACAGAAUGUACCAUAAAUUAAGAGGCAAUAGAAGGUGCGACGACCCUAGCAUUGCUUCUCCUUGCAUUGGGUGGGUAGAGAUGAUGGCCCCGGUGUUCUCCAGGAACUCUUGGCCCUGUGUAUGGGAUAUGAUCCAGAAUGACCUAAUUCAUGCUUGGGGCUUGGAUAGGAAACUUGGCUAUUGUGCACAGGGUGAUCAUUUAAGAAAUCUUGGAAUAGUUGACGCCGAAUACAUAGUUCAUUUUGGCCUGCCAACUCUUGGUGGCUCAAAAAGCAAUCAGGGCUCUCGUACCGAUCAUACUAGAACCAAAGUUAGGAUGGAAUCAUACAGGGAAAUGGAGACUUUUCAGAAAAGAUGGAAUAAUGCUAUGAAGAAGGACAAAUGUUGGGCAGAUCAAUAUGCACAAACGACAAAUCAGAAUAGUACAUAAGCUAUUCAUUACUUUAUAAAAUGGUGUAAAUAGGAAAGCAAGGAAAAAUAAGUGUCCAACGAAGGUUGAUUCACUACAUAAAUAUACAACUCAUACCUCACAAUGUUGUGCAUUUAAACCAUGUUGCUGAUGUGAGAACCUCAGUGGAUAAUCUGUAAAUAUCUCUUAAGCAUUCUUUGAGAUAGCCUGUCCUGAUCUUAGUUAGCCUUUGAAAUCUACCUCACCUGAAUUUUCUUACCCAAAAGAACAAGUGCUCAUUUGAUAGCAGAGAAAUGUAAGAGAUGUAUGUUACUUUUUCAGCUUACAUAGUGAAUGACAAUGUCAGUAAAAGAUUUACAGAAAUAAUUCAAUUAAUUUUCUUACCCAAAA